UAUUUUGUUUUUCUUUUCUCUUUAGUAUUCCACUCUCCUCAUGCUCGCAUGCAUUCUGUGCUUCUAUCUAUUCGGAGAGAAGAUCACGCCGCACUGAGCUUCGUCCGUCGUUGCUCUUCGUGAUUCGUUGUUGUUGUUGUUGUUGUUGUUGUUGUCGUUCUUCUUCUUCUUCUUCUUCAUUUGUCUCCUCUUCCUCCUUCUCUGUCCUUUUCUGCCCUUACCAUUCGCCUUGUCACAAUUCUCUCCGCUCUAGUGUCCUGGGCGGUCCAGGCGACGAGACGUUCCCCUCUCCUCAUGCACACAUGCAUUCUGUGCUGCUAAUUCUUAGUAGAGAGGAUCACACCGCUUUGAGUUUCGUCCGUUGUUGCCCAUCGUGAUUUUUUGUUGUUGUUGUUGGUGCUGUCCUUCUUCCUUCUCUGCCUCUAUCGAUUGUGCUUCUAUAUUUCUUCUCCUACCAGUGUUUCUAGACUGCCUGACGACGAGACGAUCCCCUUUCCACAUGGUCGCGUGUGUUUGUGGAGAGAGGAUUUACACCAGUGUGAUCUUCGUCCGUUGUCCAUCGUGAUUACUUCUUCGUCGUUUUCCUCUUCUUCUUCUCCUUCCACCACCGCCACCACCACCACCAAUUGACCUACCAUAGUUGCUUGAGUGUUUGUAGGCUGUCCAGGCGGCGAGACGUUGUCCUCUCCUUAUGCACGCAUGCAUUCCUUGCUACCAUUUUGUUGGGGUUGGAUUACAGCGCAGUAAGCUUCGUUCGUUGUUGCCUAUCGUGAUUUCUUCUUCUUCUCCUUCUUCUUCUCCUUCUUCUUCUUCUUCUUCUUCUUCCUCCUCCUUCUCUACUCCCUCUUCAACCAUUAAUCGCCUUCUUCCAAUUCCCUCCCCACGAGCGCCUAGGGUUGCCCAGGCGACGAGGGGUUCAUUUAAGAACAUGGCUGUCAAAGCAGCCUCUCCGAAUGGCAAACCUCACGUGCUUAUGAUGGCAUUGUUGAUGCCCUAUCUGCGCGACUCCCUGGAAUCAAAGUUUAAUUUAUUACCUUUGUGGGAGCAGAGCAAUAAGGAUGAAUAUUUGGCGAGUGUAGCGGAUUGUGUCCGUGCUGUGGUCACUUCAACUAACUCCGUUGUCGAUGCAAAACUCCUUGAGAAGCUACCGAAGGUUGAGAUUGUGUCGAGCUUCAGCGUCGGAACGGAUAAGGUUGACGUAGCUUAUUGCAAAGAAAGAGGAAUUGCUGUCACGAACACUCCGGAUGUACUCACAGAUGAUUGUGCCGACCUUGCUAUUGCACUAUUGUUAACUACAAUGCGACAGAUUUGUUCUGCCGAUCGAUACGUGCGCAAGGGUUGCUGGCCGAAGCAGGGUGAUUAUCCGCUCUCUUACAAGAUGAGUGGGAAGGACCUUGGUAUUGUUGGAUUGGGCCGCAUCGGAAAAGCAGUUGCGAAGAGGGCAGAGGCAUUUGGUUGUAAAAUCAAAUAUUAUGCAAGAUCGGACAAGAAGGAUGUUCCGUACGAGUAUUAUGGUAGCGUUUUGGAGCUCGCCAAAAACUCAGAUAUGCUCGUUGUCUGUUGUGCGUUCACUAAAGAGACGGCUAAGAUCAUUGAUAAAAGAGUGCUGGAUGCUCUGGGUCCAGAGGGUUUUCUUGUAAAUAUAUCUCGUGGAGGCGUCGUUGACGAGCCCGAGCUUGUAAAAGCUCUACUAGAAUGUAGGUUGGGUGGAGCAGGUUUGGAUGUUUAUGAAAACGAGCCUCAUGUUCCUCAGGAGCUCUGGAAUAUGGAUAAUGUUGUGUUGCUCCCUCAUGUGGCUAGCGGAACCUUGGAUACUCGGCGGGCUAUGGCCGAUCUUGUCAGUGGAAAUUUGGAGGCACACUUUUCUGGCAAGCCUUUAUUCACUCCCGUUACAUAAAGGACUACAUUUUGGUCUGAACGAGGGUAAUUGCUGUUGGCCAACAUGUCUUUCUUUUUCUUCUCUUCUUCUACUUCUUCUUCGUUAAAAAAUCUUUUUUAAUGGAAGUGGGAUAGUCACGUACUUGACAAAGAUGUUUUCAUCUAUCUAGUUUGGGAAUUAGUCUUUGGAUUCCCCAUACAGGCAAAUACGUGGCCUUUGAAGCAAAGGCACGUGGGAAUUACAGCAAGUUUUGCUGAAUCCAUGUUCCUUAACAGCUGGGUGUACGUAGUGUUUUAGAAGAAUACUUAUGGGGCCUCUAGAAUUAUGAUAAUUCGGAUGAAGUCUUUUUUUAAUUAGAUAUGAUGGGUUAUUCUUUUGGUCCGGGGGAGUAAAUGCUUCUAGUAGUCACAGCCUGGAAUGGCACCAUUCCUAGUGCUUAUUUUCAGCCUUGCAGCUAACGUUCUUGAGUUGGAUGACUCACUAGAAGCAGAUUCGCAGCUUGGCAGUGUUUGUUUCGUCAAUUCUCCUCCUUUACCAUUCAAUCCGUUUUAGGAAGGUGGUGUUGUAGUUCCCACCAGAUGAAAGAGCUGAUUCUUGUUCUUUCAGUCACCACAUUGUUCAAAGCAGGGAAUUCAUCCUUGUGCUGAGUACGCAGGUUUACAUUUGUUGACGGGGUUGAGCACCGGUAGGAAGAUAAACUUUUUGUACACAAGUAGUUUAGGUAGGUCACACUUGUCACGUAUGGAAGAGUAUGUAAAUAGUAAUCUCUGUGGUUUAUUGCAUAAAGACCACGAUAAAGAGAGAAGGCAGUAUUGUCGACAUUGUUUGUACGUUUUAGGGUCAAGCCAGUGAAAGAAAUCCCCUUGAAACAGAUGUACUUGGUUAGUGCAAGGAUAUUUUCUGUAUUGAACAAUGUUGUGUGUGUUGAAUGAAAUUUUAUCUUAGUCCUGAU